AUUUUGUCUGAAAAGAAAAAUCAAAUUUUGCCAGUGACCCAUUUUAAUUAGACCCUUCAAUUCAUCAAAUUCAGCUUCUGAUUCAAAUCCCCAUUUUGAGCGGUGCCGUCUUAUAAUUAGGGUUCGGUCUCUGGUGGCGGUGCAACAAUGCCGGAGAUCGAACAUGCGGCGAUGGAAACCGCCCUGUUCGGGAAGUACGAGCUAGGUCGAGUCCUGGGCUGCGGCGCGUUCGCAAAAGUGUACUACGCGCGGAACGUGCACACGGGGCAGAGCGUGGCGGUGAAGAUCAUCAACAAGAAGAAGCUCGCUGGAACGGCACUCGCCGGCCACGUGAAGCGCGAGAUAAGCAUCAUGAGCCGCCUCCACCACCCAUACAUCGUGCGCCUCCACGAGGUCCUCGCAACGAAGACGAAGAUCUUCUUCGUCAUGGACUUCGUUCGCGGUGGCGAGCUCUUCGAGAAAAUCUCAAAGGGUCGCUUCUCCGAGGAUCUCAGCCGUCGCUACUUCCACCAAUUAGUCUCCGCCAUCGGAUACUGCCACUCCCGCGGCGUUUUCCACCGUGACCUCAAGCCGGAGAAUCUCCUUCUCGACGAGAAUGGUGAUUUGAAGGUUUCGGAUUUUGGGUUAAGUGCUGUUAGGGAUCAGAUCCGACCCGACGGGUUGCUCCAUACCCUUUGCGGCACACCCGCUUACGUGGCACCGGAGAUUCUUGCCAAGAAAGGUUAUGAUGGGGCCAAGGUUGAUGUUUGGUCAUGCGGCGUCGUUUUGUUUGUUCUCGCUGCCGGGUACCUUCCGUUUAAUGACCCGAAUUUGAUGGGGAUGUACAGAAAGAUUUACAAAGGGGAAUUCCGGUGUCCUCGGUGGAUGUCGCCGGAGCUCCGUCGGUUCCUAAAGCGGUUACUUGAUACCAACCCGGAAACCCGGAUGACCGUUGAUGGGAUAACCCGGGACCCGUGGUUCAGGAAGGACUACAAGGCGAUCAAGUUUCACGAGGAGGAUUAUGGGUCCGGGUUCGGGUCCGGGUCGAAGGGUGAUGGGUUUGAGAGGGUGUUAGAUUUGAACGCGUUUGAUAUCAUAUCGUUUUCGUCAGGUUUGAAUCUUUCCGGGUUGUUUGGGGAGUCUGAAGGCGGAGAGAGGUUGGUGUUGCGGGAUUCGCCGGAAAUGAUUUUGGAGACGGUGGAGGAGGUGGGUGUGGCGGAGGGGAUGGCGGUGAGGUGGAAGAAGGAAUGUGGGGUGGAGCUGGAAGGGCUGAAUGGGAAUUUCGGAAUUGGGAUUGAGGUUCACCGGUUAACGGCGGAGCUCGCGGUGGUUGAGGUUAGGAGUAGGGGCGGCGACGCCGUUGAUGUGUGGGACAACAAGCUCAAGCCUCAGCUCCUUGGUGGUGCAACGACGUCGCAUCAUCUUGAACCUGAACCUGAACCUGAGCCGCAGGUUGCCGGUGACUAAAUUCAAAUGGGAAAAAAAUCCCUCCCAAUUUCUUUAAUUAAAAAAUGGGGUUAAAUUCAAAAAUUGAAACUCGAAAGUGAAAAUUGUAUAAAGAGGUAAAAAAGAAAGAAAGAAAAGAAAAGAAAAGAUUGGAAUGUUGAUGUCAAAAAUGAAGAUUGGUGGAGCAGGGUGCUUGUCUGGCACACAUGGAUCGAACUGGAAAGUGAACAUUGAAUUGGAAGGUGGUGACUCCUAACAAUGAUUAUGUAUAAUUUGAUGCUUGUUUUUGUUUUGUGUUUUGUAUAUUAUAAACU